CAAUUCUAUUCUCUCGUGAAUUUGUAUAUCCUUCUCAACACAUUCCGCCAUCUCUCUCUCUCUCUUCAAAAGUCACCCUCAAACCCUCUCUCUCUCUCUCUAAUGGAAAACCGAUUCAAGCUACGAAUCUCUCGCAUGUUCCGAGCCUCAUUCGGUUCGUGCCGGUCCCGAAACCUCUCCGACGUAGUUGAAAAGGCCGUAUUUCUCCCAGAAAACCAACAAAACUUCCACAUGAUCGAGCCCUCGUCCCCUAUGCAUCGACCUUUUCCCUCCAUUUGCAGACCGAAACCGUUGCAAACCCCGGACACCAUCAACCGCAACUGCAUAAUUCCAGCUAAAAAUUUGUUCCCAAGAAGGAAAGUCUCAGAGGCAUGUUCGCCUUUCGCUUCCGCCAACCCCGACGGUCGAAACUGCCCUCCUGCGUCUCCAAUCUCGCCCUUGAAUCCCUUCUACCAGUUCAAACAGAGGAAGAAAGGCUCGGAGAGAAACAAGAAUAAGAAGAAAAAGAAGACGACCCACAUGAAGAGCAAGCACAUAGAACUCUUUCCCCUAAGCUGGUCUUCUCAGGAUAUGAGUUUUGGUGGGUGGUGGUCUAGCAGCGACGAAGAAGAAGAGGAAGAGGGAAGAGAGGACGAGACCGACACCCUUUUCUCUUCCAAGAGUCUGUCUUCCGAUUCAUCUGAGUCUCGGCGACGUCGUUCUCGUCGGAAAAGACACGAGACUAGGCGGAGAAGGGCAGGGCCUUGGAGUUCCGAAAUCGAUAUAACGCCCAUGCAGGGCAGAGUAAAGGAUAGCUUUGCGGUGGUGAAGAGGUCCAGCGAUCCGUACAAUGAUUUCAGGACGUCUAUGGUGGAGAUGAUAGUUGAGAAGCAGAUAUUUGCGGCUAAAGACUUGGAGCAGCUCUUGCAGUGUUUUCUGUCGCUGAAUUCUAUUCAUCAUCAUAGGGUCAUUGUGGAGGUUUUCGCAGAGAUUUGGGAGGCUCUGUUUUGUAAUAUGUCUUGAAGAAAACUGUCUCUGUUUUCUGUGUUUGUUUGUGUUUCUACGAAAAUUAGUUAAGAGUUCUAACUUUAAUUAACUUUGUUAAUGCAUUAUCCGCCAUUUUCUCUAA